GUGGAAGACGAGGUGCGGGGAGGCCUUCCUUCCAGGGUGAAGUCUGGCUGCGGAACUGUCGUUUCCCGGAACUGAAUAUCUGCUUCUUAGGCGGAGUUGGAAAGCGAACACCCCGGGGCAAGAUGGCUGUCCGGACUGGGUCCCUGCCCCGGGUCUGGCCGAAUUCGAGGGUAUCGGGCUGAAGCCGUGGUAGCUGCGGCCCCGAUCCCGAGCGCGGGGGGCUUCCAGCAGAUAAGGGUCCUCGGCCUGCGGGUAGCGAGUGGGAAGAGUCGUCGGCUUUCCGGGGGCGGCGGGACUGGGGAGUUUGAAGAAGGCCGAGUCGGAAGGUUCGGGUGCUGGGGAGCUGGCUGGCUUUGGGGAACCAGGGGAGACCCUCCGCGGCUCUUCCCAUCUCGUUCCCAACCUGGGGUGACAGUCUUCACCAGAGGACUAAUGCUGGGAGGAGAAGACCUGUUCUUGUUGAUGCGAAGGAAAAACAGCGGGCCUCAGGAAUUGCCCCGGCUGGAAGUCGAAUUGUGUUCGCUCGCUGUGUGACCUCGGCAAGACGGGCUGUCCGCAGCUGUGAGGCUUGAGCAGCAUCCCUCAUGAUUACCUGACGUUUCUGCGAGGUCCUCAGGGUUCGUGCGAGUUGCAAACAUGUUCACCGUGUCUCAGACCUCAAGAGCAUGGUUCAUCGACCGGGCCCGACAGGCACGAGAGGAACGGCUGGUGCAGAAGGAGCGGGAACGCGCUGUCCUAGCGAUCCAAGCUCACGUGCGGAGUUUCCUCUGCCGGCGUCGCCUGCAGAAAGACAUCAGGAGAGAGAUCGAUGAGUUUUUUAAAGCAGAUGAUGCUGGGAGCAGUAAAAGAAGUGCACUUUGUAUUUUUAAGGUUGCCAGGAAGCUGCUGUUCUUAUUCAGAAUUAAAGAGGAUAAUGAGAGAUUUGAGAAGUUGUGUCGCAGCAUCCUGAACAGCAUGGAUGCCGAGAGCGAACCCAAGGCGUGGUACGUGUCCUUGGCUCUUUCCAAGGAUCUCACCCUCCUGUGGAUUAAACAGAUCAAGGACAUUCUGUGGUAUUGCUGUAUGUUUCUUGAGCAGCUCAAGCCUGAAAUCUUGCAAGACUCCAGACUCAUCACCCUGUACCUCACCAUGCUUGUCACCUUCACUGACACCGCAACGUGGAAAAUUCUGCGGGGAAAAGGCGAGAGCCUUCGGCCAGCCAUGAACCACAUGUGUGCAAAUAUAAUGGGACACCUCAACCAGCGUGGGUUUUACCCUGUGCUGCAGGUGUUGUUAACACGAGGCCUGGCGAGACCACGGCCUUGCCUAUCCACAGGCAUGUUGACAGCGGCCUUCUCCCUGGCACUACGCCCUGUGAUUGCUGCCCAGUUUUCGGACAAUCUGCUUCGACCAUUCCUCAUCCACAUCAUGGCUGUGCCUGCUCUCGUCACCCACCUCAGCACAGUGACCCCGGAGCGUCUCACUGUUUUAGAAUCUCAUGACAUGUUUCGUAAGUUCAUCCUGUUCCUAAGAGACAAGGAUCGGUGCCGUGAUGUAUGUGAAAGUUUAGAGGGAUGCCAUACCCUUUGUCUAAUGGGCAACCUCCUGCAGCUGGGCUCACUCAGCCCCCGCGUGCUGGAGGAGGAGACGGACGGGUUUGUGAGUGUGCUCACCCAGAUGCUGUGCUACUGCCAGAAGUAUGUGUCACAGAAGAAGUCCAACCUGACGCAUUGGCACCCCGUCCUUGGCUGGUUCUCCCAGUCUGUGGAUUACGGCCUCAACGAGUCAAUGCACUUGAUCACCAAACAACUGCAGUUCUUGUGGGGGGUGCCCCUCAUCCGCAUCUUCUUCAAAGACAUCCUGAGCAAGAAACUGCUGGAGAACCAGGAGCCUGCCCACACACAGCCUCCACCAGCUACAACAACAUCGCCGCAGAACGUGCUUCCGAUGAAGAGCCUCCUGAAGCGUGCAUUUCAGAAGUCUGCAUCGGUCCGCAACAUCCUCAGGCCCGUCGGAGGCAAGCGCGUCGAUUCUGCCGAGGUACAGAAGGUCUGUAACAUCUGUGUGCUCUACCAGACCUCGCUGACGACGCUCACCCAGAUCCGCCUGCAGAUCCUCACAGGUCUCACUUACCUUGAUGACCUGCUGCCCAAACUGUGGGCAUUCAUCUGUGAGCUGGGGCCCCACGGAGGGCUCAGGCUCUUCCUGGAAUGCCUAAACACAGACACCGAGGACUCCAAGCCACUCUUAUCCAUGCUGAUGCUGUUCUGUGACUGUUCCCGGCACCUCAUCACGAUCCUCGAUGACAUUGAAGUUUAUGAAGAGCAGAUCUCAUUCAAGCUGGAAGAGCUGGUCACCAUCUCCUCUUUCCUGAAUUCCUUUGUGUUUAAGAUGAUCUGGGAUGGCAUCAUAGAGACCGCCAAGGGCGAAACCCUGGAGCUGUUCCACUCCGUCCAUGGGUGGCUGAUGGUGCUGUACGAGCGGGACUGCCGGCGGCGCUUCGCCCCCGAGGACCACUGGCUGCGCAAGGAUCUCAAACCCAGUGUGCUCUACCAGGAACUCGACAAGGACAGGAAGCGGGCCCAGCUGAUCCUGCAGUACAUACCUCACGUCAUUCCUCACAAGAACAGAGUCCUCCUGUUCCGCAACAUGGUUACCAAGGAGAAGGAGAAGCUGGGGCUUGUGGAAACCAGCUCUGCCUCCCCACACGUCACUCACAUCACCAUCCGCCGGUCCCGGAUGCUGGAGGACGGCUAUGAGCAGCUUCGACAGCUCUCCCAGCACGCCAUGAAAGGUGUGAUCCGUGUCAAGUUUGUCAGUGACCUCGGGGUGGACGAGGCGGGCAUCGACCAAGACGGCGUCUUCAAGGAGUUCUUGGAGGAGAUUAUUAAGAGGGUCUUCGACCCAGCACUCAACCUGUUCAAGACAACCAGUGGGGACGAGAGGCUGUACCCUUCGCCCACAUCCUAUGUCCAUGAGAAUUACCUGCAGCUCUUUGAGUUUGUGGGCAAGAUGCUGGGGAAGGCUGUAUAUGAGGGCAUCGUAGUGGACGUGCCCUUCGCCUCCUUCUUCCUGAGCCAGCUGCUCGGGCACCACCACAGUGUCUUCUACAGCUCCGUGGACGAGCUUCCUUCUCUGGACUCAGAGUUUUAUAAAAACCUCACCUCCAUCAAGCGCUAUGACGGAGACAUCUCUGACUUGGGCCUGACGUUGUCUUACGACGAGGACGUCAUGGGCCAGCUUGUGUGUCAUGAACUGAUUCCUGGAGGAAAAACCAUCCCUGUCACAAAUGAAAAUAAAAUUAGCUACAUCCAUCUGAUGGCUCAUUUUCGAAUGCAUACUCAAAUAAAAAACCAGACAGCUGCACUCAUUAGUGGGUUCCGCUCUGUCAUCAGACCCGAGUGGAUCCGGAUGUUCUCGACCCCUGAGCUGCAGCGGCUCAUCUCUGGCGACAAUGCUGAAAUUGACCUGGAAGAUUUAAAGAAGCACACUGUGUACUACGGCGGUUUUCACGGGAGCCACAGGGUCAUCAUCUGGCUCUGGGAUAUCCUGGCCUCUGACUUCACGCCUAAUGAGAGAGCCAUGUUCCUGAAGUUUGUGACGAGCUGCUCCAGGCCCCCGCUGCUGGGAUUCGCCUACCUCAAGCCUCCCUUCUCCAUCCGCUGCGUGGAAGUAUCGGAUGAUCAGGACACUGGGGACACCCUGGGCAGCGUCCUUCGGGGCUUCUUCACUAUUCGCAAGCGGGAGCCGGGCGGCCGGCUGCCCACCUCAUCCACCUGCUUCAACCUGCUCAAGCUGCCCAACUACAGCAAGAAGAGCGUGCUCCGGGAGAAGCUGCGCUAUGCCAUCAGCAUGAACACGGGCUUUGAGCUCUCCUAGCACCCGGCCCUUGCAGGGCUCCUGGUGGUGGCACAACCAUCAG